AUGGGUCGUGUGAUCCGUAAUCAGAGGAAGGGUCGUGGAUCCAUUUUCACGGCUCACACCCGUCUCAACAAGGCUCCUGCCCAGUUCCGCACGCUCGACUUUGCUGAGCGCCAUGGAUAUGUCAGGGGCGUUGUGAAGGAGAUCAUCCACGACCCUGGCCGUGGUGCUCCUCUCGCUAAGGUUCAGUUCCGUCACCCUUACAAGUUCAAGAUGGUUACCGAGACCUUCAUCGCCAACGAGGGCAUGUACACUGGUCAAUUCAUCUACGCCGGAAAGAACGCUGCCCUGACCGUCGGCAACAUCCUCCCCCUCGCCUCCGUUCCUGAGGGUACCGUCGUUACCAACGUCGAGGAGAAGGCUGGUGACCGUGGUGCUCUUGGUCGUACCUCCGGAAACUACGUUACCGUUAUCGGCCACAACCCUGAGGAGGGCAAGACCAGAGUCAAGCUCCCCAGUGGUGCCAAGAAGGUUGUGAAGAACACCGCUCGUGGUAUGGUUGGUAUCGUCGCUGGUGGUGGUCGUACCGACAAGCCUCUGCUCAAGGCUUCUCGUGCCAAGCACAAGUUCGCUGUCAAGCGCAACUCUUGGCCCAAGACUCGUGGUGUUGCCAUGAACCCCGUUGAUCACCCUCACGGUGGUGGUAACCACCAGCACAUUGGUAAGGCCUCUACCAUCUCUCGCUACGCCGCCCACGGUCAAAAAGCCGGUCUUAUUGCUGCCCGGAGAACUGGUCUGCUCCGCGGUACCCAGAAGACCAAGGACUAA